UAAGGCCGCCGUGGUGGAGCGGAGGAAGGGUUGGGUUGGCCGAUGUGGGGAGCGCUGGGGAGGUUCUUCGUGGUGCAGGCCCCGGCCCGGCGGAUCGUUCUUCACACCGUGCCCGCGGGUGUGGCCAGCUGAAGGGUUUUCUGAAGGGGCAGGGGUGAUUUGGAGGAGGAUGGAAGGCCCGCGGGUGCCAGUUGGGUGAUGAGCCUGGGCUGAGGCCUCCUUGCGCCUCCUGGGCUGGAGCUGUGGGCCUGCAGCGGGAAAGCUUGUGCCACACUCUUCAGGGCUGCAGGAGUCUUCACCAUAGCCCGUGUUACCAUGGCCACCCACUUCUCCAAGGAUCAGGAGGAGAGAAUCAAAUGUGUUAAGGGGGACCUUUUCUCAUGCCCUCAGACGGACUCAUUGGCUCAUUGCAUCAGCGAGGACUGUCGCAUGGGUGCAGGCAUAGCUGUUCUUUUUAAGAAAAAGUUUGGAGGCGUACAAGAGCUGUUGGAUCAACAAAAGAAGACUGGGGAGGUGGCAGUUCUCCAAAGAGAGGAUCGAUACAUUUACUACCUGAUUACAAAGAAGAAAGUUUCUCACAAACCAACAUACGAGAAUAUGCGAAAGAGUUUAGAAGCCAUGAAAGCUCACUGUCUAAACAAUGGAGUUACUGACAUUUCCAUGCCUAGGAUUGGAUGCGGACUUGACCGCCUGGAUUGGAAUAAAGUUUCAGCAAUACUUGGGGAAGUGUUUGAAGACACAGAUAUAAAGAUCACAGUUUACACUCUGUGAGCAAAAGAGUUUAAAGAGAGCCCCAUUUCCCUUGCUUUCAGGAGUGGAAACCUGUUAAUUGGUGAGGGGGGAAACUGCAUGCUGAGCACAUUCUUCGUUUGAGUGUAGCUCACUCUUGUGUUGGCAGUGGCUUUUCACAACAACAACAACAACAACAAAGCUCCAGAGCAGCUAAUUUGGGAUGUAGUGUUCAGGGAGCCUGUAAAGAAGGCAGAGGUGUUGUGGUAACCCUCUGGGAGUGCCCGGUCAAUCCGUCCCAGGAAGCCACCAGAUGUCACUGGUCCUCCACGGAGCACCUGCUUGCACUAGAGCUUCUACUUAAAGCUGACAGUUCCUGUGCAGAGUGAAACUGGAGCUGUCUGUUGCUUAGGUAUUUGUUGGUUUGUAGUUACAGUUGAUAAUGGUGAGCUGUGGAGCCCUGACACUUUUUUUUUUUUUAAAGUUUUGCAGUGUUCAUAUCUGGCAUACAGUUUAGUUACUCUGUUCAUUACAGGAUUAAAAAUUUAAUUUCUACCUUCUGGCCAUAAAUACAGUUUUUUGUUAUGAGAUUGUACUCGCUAAGAAUCAUGCUGUCAACAUUAAAUAAAUAGCUCUUCAGUA